GAUGUGUUGUUUCAGUUAUUUUGUUAGAUUUGUAGAAUCUGUUUUUAGGUUUGGUCUGUAAUUAAACUUUUUUAUUAAAAAAAUUUAAAAAGUUCAGAUUGUAUUAUUUCUUCACAAAGCUCUCUUAGUGCAUUUGUUUAAAUCUAGGGCAUUUUAUUUAAAAUAUUGAACCAUGGGGUCCAGCUUUGCUUAUGUUCUGAAUUUAAACUUUUUUUGUGAGAAGAAGAACAUGGAAGAUUUUCUCUAAUCCACAGAGAUUUGCAAUUGCGCAUAUACCCCACUAAACAAUGGGGAAAAUGGUGCAUGAAUCUAUGCAAUUUGUCUUAAGCCAUCAUCACACUUCUGGCAUAAUCCUGCUUGAAUAUUUGAAUUGCUUUAUUAUUGAUUCUCAUUUAAAUUGGUUUGUGUAAUCCAAAAAGUUUUAGAGUUUUCACUUUUACUUUGUAUACAUUUCAACAUUCAAGCUGUUUGAAAAGUAGAAUAUUAUAAAGUCAUUCCUUCAUUUUUAGCAGUCUGUCAACUUUGUGUACCAGUACCACUAGUGGCACAGAUCAUCUGCUGUAUAUGAUGCUGCCACCACAAUGUUUUUCUUGCAUUUUAAAGCCCCAUUUUGACAGUUUUUGGUAGGUUGCAGACCUUCGUGGUUCCCGUUUAGUUCCUUAAAAUUGUAUGUUGACACAGUUUGGGUCUCUAAAAGUCAGAUGAACACAAACAUUAAACUGGUUUUGAGAUGGAUAAAAGUGGUGAACCUGGAGUUUCUGGGCUGAGCCGCUCAAAGCUCUGUUAAAAUGUUGUGGCUUUCAGUCCUGUGACUGCAAGAAAACUGCUGACAAUGAGGUUUUUGCAGAUUAACAGUAAAUUCAGCUAUACUGUACAGUCCACAGUAUUCUUGUAUUUCCUCUUUUAAUAUCUACUGUUAGAUCUUUGUGAUAAACCUUUUUCUGCACUAACAGAAAUUAUUUUAAAGUCAAAGAUUUAGCCAAAUGAAUGGCAGAUUUCUGCUUUAACAGGAUUCAUUCACCAUUAUUCAGCACUUAUGAUUGUGUUAUUUCCUAAAGUCAGAGCUCACACUAAGUCUGAUGGAUUGUCCUGAUCUCUGAAUCACUGUGGGGGAAAUUAUUUAGAUUUAGACGGAUAAGCUGCUUCAACAACAAACCAACAGAAUCAAAUAUUAAUGUGCUGCCUUCAUUGGAAAAUUCUUAAACUUGAGUUAGAUGUCGUUUUACUAGUUUUACGUCUUGAUUUGGAAUAAAAAAAAAAGAUACUGUGAUUUUGAACCCAGUUGAAGUUUCAGUGUUGGUGAUACUACCCACUGAAUCCUUUGUUUAGAUUGUAACUAAGCAGCAACAUUUUACUUCCUCGUUUGUGUCGACGUGAAACGUUGUUCCAGUUUUUCCAAAACCAAAACGCUGUUGUAAUGCAUUUCAUUACAAAUAUCAAGACGCAGUACUUUAUCUUGACUAAUGAAUGUAUUUUCCAUGUGGUCAAUUGCAUGUUAUUUAAUACGGAAGGAGUACAAUUGCCAAAAUAGCACUACUGCAAAUGGUGAAAUCACGGCGAGAAUUCACACCAAACGAAUCAGUAGAUUUUGGAAGUCCUCAUGGAAUUUUUUUUCUUUUGUGUGUCUAAAGUCUGAAAUUAAUUUUGAAUAUCUCUAAUCUGUUGGCAGUGCAUUGUUUUAAUAUAUGGGCAAUGCUUACAGAUUUCUAGUGGUAAACGUUUUUUUAUCUUCAAACUCAAUGCACAUGAGAAAAAAGUAUAUAUUAAGUUUUCUAAAAUGUAGCACAAUAUGUGGUGGGCACAUUGAACGAAUAUAUGAUCAACUAAAUCUAGACGUAGACGAUACAACCCAGGAAAGUUUGGAGUUCCAGUAGAAACCCACUAAGCACGAAUGACUGUACAAACUCUGGAUUUUUCUGCAUUAGGAAAAUUAGCAGGUGAUGGCUGAGGGUAUCUGGUUUGGAUAUAAAAGGACUUUGUUCCUGUAAUUAUGGUUUAUGACUUUCCACUCACUUACCAAAAGCAAAUAAAAAAAAUUAUCAUCAUGCAGAAAGAUGCAGAAAAAAGGAAGUCUGGGAAGAUCUUGAUUCAAAAAAAACCAAAGCCAGAAUGAUGUUGCAUGCAUGUUUUUUUGCAAUUAAAUUUUCUGCAAAUAAAAAAACUGUUUUGAUUUGGUUCACUUUGUUCACUUCAACCUGCACACAUGCAGAAGUUAUCUAUAAUGUCAUGCAAAAGCAUGUAUUUCACAAUAAAACCACAAACCCUAAGUGUACAAAGUAGCAGAUAAUUGUCAAUCAAGAGUUCAUGGUGAUUGAAAGUAUACAUAGUCUUCAAAAUUAUUUAGCUUUAACUUUAGAGUUAUUUUACAGUGUUGCAGUCCUUUGUGUUGCUUUAUCAUAUAAAAUCCCAAUAGGAUGGAUUGAAGUUUUCAGUUAUAACCUCGCAAAGUAUAAAAAAAUCCAAAGAGUGGGAGUACUUUUGUCAUGUAUUUUAUCAUCACUGGGUAAUUUGACAGAACAUUGGCAGAUCUCAUGAUGAAUCUCAGAAAUGAUGACUGUGGGCUACAAACUGUUGAAUUUUGAAAUAAUUGAAGACAAGAAAAAUGUUGUCUUUUUUUCUGAAAUUUCACUAUUCUUUUUGAAAAAAAAAAUGUUUUCCCUGAAUGGUCUUUGCAUGAUUUUUUAUUACAUUACAAAGGUAUUCUGACUCCUUACUCAUUAAAAAAGUCAUGUCCAAUUUCCCACUUUGGGAAAACAAACAAAUCAACAUUUCAAAAUUGCCACCAAUGAUUUCCUGUCAAAACUCCAAAGAACUUUUGAAAUCCUGUCUGAUGUGCUGGAACAAAACGGCCAGUUUCUCAGCCUGAGUGUGUCACAGUCUGCCAAUGUUUUAAUUACGCUUCCUCCUUAGUUCCAGUAUUUUUAUUUCUACCAGUUAGUUGGGCAACUGUAUGACUAUGACUCCGGCAGCUACAUCUGUUGCAUAAUUUGUUUGCAUGCAAAAACAAAGAACAUGUGAGGUGUACUUUCCAUAACCACACCCUCUUAAACAAACUCUGAUAAGGUAGACGUGCAGUAUGCUGCCUGGUUAGUCUUCACACUUACAAGCUGCUGUGUUCAGCCUCAUGGAACAAACAGUGAACAUAGUUUCAAGGCAACAGUGGGGAGCAGUGGCCCCGAAGCAAAAGGACAGUCUGGAAGGUCCAGCCCAGAGAGUUGUGAUACACCACACUGCCCUCCAGAGCUGCAAAGGCCUGGCAGAGUGUACAGAUGGGGUUCUGAGCAUCCAGAAGCUUCAUAUGGACGAAAGACACUUUGAUGACAUUGGGUACAACUUUCUUGUUGGAGGAGACGGGAGUCUGUUUGAGGGCCGAGGUUGGGGUGUGAUGGGAGCGCAUACCAAAGGUCACAACGGUGACUCCCUGGGCAUCGCUUUCAUGGGCAAUUUCAACAACGACACACCAAGCAAAGAGGCAAUAUUGUCAGUCAAACAGCUGCUGAUGUCUGGAGUUCUACAAGGCUUCAUCCAACCAGAGUUUGCCCUGUACGGCCACAAGGAUUUAGGAGCUACGCAAUGCCCUGGAGAAAAUCUUUAUGCUGCACUAUCUCAACUGAGAAGCUCAACCUAAAAAAACUCUUGAGGGAAAGAGAGGAAAGGGAAAACUAAGCUAUGAAUUUCUUUUGACACUUAACC